CUUCGAAAAAUUGGGGAAAUCCUCUGGUCCUCUUCUCAAAUUAAGUUUAAAUUAAUUGAUAUUUAAUUUUCCCGAUAAUAAAAUUUAUAUUUUUAAUGAAAACAAUAACAAAAUGUAAUGUUAUUAGCAAAUAUGAAUAAAAUUAGAGAAGCUUAGAAAGUGCGGUUUGCUACAGAAAAAUUGUUUUUAGGAAUAUCAGAAAACUGUAAAGGAUAUUGCACAAACAUUUGUCACAUUGUAUGCUCUAUAAACAUUGUUUACAUCAACUAACUGUUAACAAACGUCAGAGUUUCUCAGGUAUCAUCGUCCUUCGAAUCUUUCUCUUCAUAAACACCUGGCUAUAGGUAUAAUGUUAUGAACUAUGUACCUACCGAAAUGUCAUAUCCGGUAUCAAUUUUCUUUUGAUUUAAAACAAAUUUUAUGUUUUAUGCAAGCACACGUAUGACUGGCAGCUAGUUAAAUCUAGUUACUAUUAAUUUACGUCAUUUUAAAUUGUUUCGUUCGAGGUGAGUUAAAAAUAUUGAGCUCUUUUUAAGUGGUCACAUUUUUCAAUUAAAUUCCGAAAGAUGCGGAAGAUCAGAAACAUUCAUUAUAGCAAUUUUUUCCCAUAUAUUAUAUAAAAUGUAACUUCAUUAUGUUAUACAUUCCAUUCGAAAAAUCAUGUUUUCUAAAUGACAACUCUUAUUUUUAGGAAUUAGUUCAUUUUUAAAGGAAAGAUUUAACUCUAAAGAAAUAAACGAUUUUAACAGCAAAGUCCAAGAGAAAUUCAACAAAAAUCAUUAUUUUUCUACUUUUCUAACGACUAAUUUAGCGCUUUCAACUUUGUACAAGAAUAUUUAUAUAUUUCCCACGUUCAAAUAAGCAGUUGUAAUGUUCUCUGAAGGAUAAACAAACAGUUUAUCCAAUAAGUUACAUCGACUUUACCGAGAAAAGAUACAUCUCUGAAGAUCCGAAAGAACAUAUAUAUAUAUAUAUUGAAAAUAAUUAACAAUCUGUGUUCAUCGGUCUUAGACGAAUUGAAAAUCGCUUUAACGAGGCGAAUUUUUGUCUGAAUAAAUAAACCAAAAGAGUUUUGUCAGCUGGAAUCGAUUAAACGACAGAUUUAAAUACCUAUUUCGCAAAUUUGUUCUAUGGUUUAUGCCAUAAAUCACGAUUUAAACUCAAAUUUAAAUGAUCUUAAUUAGGUUCAAUAGAUUAAUGAUGGAAAAUUUUACUUAUGAUAUUAUUGAAGAUUUUUAUUACAAUUAUUACAGUCAAUCCAAAUUAAGUUUACAAGAACAACUAUGAAGAAAAGAAAAGACUAAAUAUUGCAAGUUCCUCAUCAGAACAAGUCAUGUCGACUCCACAGAAAAGUAACGAAUCAUUAGACCACGUUACGGAUGUCAAACCACCAUAUUCGUAUGUUGCCAUGAUCACUAUGGCCAUCAGAAGUUCUCCAGAUAAUAAACUUUUCUUAAACGAUAUAUACGAAUAUAUAAAAAAGGAAUUUCCUUACUACAGGGAUAAGCCUCUAGAUAAAGAAAAAGCAUGGAAGAACAGUAUCAGACAUAAUCUGAGUCUGAAUAAGUGUUUCAAAAAGGUACCUCGAAAGGAAGGAAGUGGUGACAGAAAGGGUAAUUAUUGGACGAUAGAUCCAGCAGUCGGAGAAAUGUUUGAAAAUAAUAAUUAUAAAAGGAGACGACGGAUAAGGAAAAAAACAUAUCCUCCUUCAUCUACUCUUACUAAAGAACACUUUCCAGAUGCUCACGGUGCCUUUCCUUUAGGCCACAACACUUAUUUAACUUCUAAUUAUAACAGUGCGGCCGUUUCGCCGAAUUGGUCGUUAUCACACGUUCAAACUUCAGGAUACAAUUCGUGCCAGAGAGUGACGACGGGACAGGCAGCAUUACACUCUCCUUACGGUCAUGUCCAGCCGCAAUACGAUGCUGGCUUGCAGUCUCUGCAGUUGGGUACUAUGGGCGGAUAUACUUCUCACGGUUUUACUAGUAGUGCUACAAUAGGAUCCUUCCCAGGAAACUUUCCUUCGUGUAGAAGUCAGCCUCCUGCUGACGGAAUGCACACGGUUCAUUACUAUCCGUGGCCUGAAAAACAAAUCGUUCUGGACGAAGGAAUGAAGAAAAGUUUCUUAUAUCAUAAAACCGAAAAUGCUUUAAUAAAAGAAGAACAAAUGGACGGAAAUAGGCUAUUUUAUGCUUAAAUAUAAAUUGUAAUGCUUUUCUAAUUGUCGCAAAGGCUCCGUGUAUUUGUAUGUAUGAUGUUCGAUAGGUGUAUAUAUCUGGAUAACAGUAUACAUUAUUCUAUGUGCUAGCCAGAAUAUUCUAUCGAAUUUUCUAUUUUAUCUUCUAUACGUAAAGAAUAUCUUAGAAAUAAUAACGUUAAUGAUAUCUUAGUAUAUUAAUAAUAAUGUCUGUAAUAUAGGUCAACAUUAGGCGUAACCGCAAUUAAUAAGCCUCCAUUGUUAAUUUUCUUUAUUAAAUAUCGUUAUAAUAAAAUAUACCUCUAAUUUAGAAUUUUUGUGUUUAUUAAACUCUUCUACUAUUAAAAUAUCAACUACUUUGGGGUUA